AUGGAGCCUAAUGAAGAACUUCAAGCUUUUGAUGUUUAUGAUUUUAGGGCAAUAUUGGCUUCAAAUGAGUAUUCCCUUUUGAAUAAUGACUUUUUAUGCAAUGGUGAAGAAGAUGGUCCAAACCUUGAAAUCACGGUGUCUUCUAAACAUGAACACUCUCUUGGAGCCUUCCACAUGUUACCAAUGGAGGAUAUGGCCAUGGAGGAUUCUAGCCUUGAUGGACAUAAUUACAUGGGCAACAAUGAGAUUAUUCAAAAUUUCCAAGGGUUGGAUGGUCACCUUGGUGCAAUCUUGAAGAGGGAGACUUAUGAGAGAAAUACAAAGCCUGAAUUGAAGAAAACCCAAAAGUUCAAGCUUGAGGGAAGGGAGUGCAUUAACAAUGGAAAAGGCAGUUCUGCAAUUGACCCUCAAUGCUUUUAUGCCAGGAGACGAAGAGAGAGGAUUAAUGCGAGGCUGAGGAUACUUCAAAGUUUGAUCCCAAAUGGAACCAAAGUGGAUAUCAGUACAAUGCUAGAAGAAGCCAUUCACUAUGUCAAGUUCCUCCAACUUCAAGUGAAGUUCUUGAGCAUGGACGACCAUUGGAUGUAUGCCCCACUUGCCUCUAACGGGAUGGACAUUAUACUUCGACCCAAGAUGGGUCUCUAAUCAUAAAUUAAAUUCAGGCUA